CUCAACCCAUCCGGUAAUUUUCCCUUACUGCUGUAAUCAAUCUCUACUAAUUAACAACUGCACUCAAAGAUUUGAUUUUAAGAUAUUUGAUGGCUUCUUGUAAAUUGUAAUAUAUUUAUAUAUAAAAAAAGCUCUGAAAUCACGCCCCGCCAGCACUGAUGGCACUAUGGCAGUCUCCAGCAAACAAAACGACGGACUUACGGUAGUCCUACACUGCAAAGUUAACCUUUACUGUGGUAAAAAGGGACUGGAGGGAAGGGUAGUUUAGUCAUUGCAAUUGUACCAGCCCUGUCACGCGGCACGCCUAUAAAGGCCAAGGUGACCCCUUCACCGUUUUCUGCAACUGAGAGCCAUGGCUUCUUCUUCCACCAUCUCCUCGUCUUUUGUUUUCUUUGCGGUGUUCCUUUUCCUCUGCACCCUCUCCCAUGCUACGAACCCGGGGCUCAUUUUAACCGUCGUCAACAACUGUCCCUUUACCAUCUGGCCAGCCAUCCAGCCAAACGCCGGCCACGACGUCCUGGAGCGUGGCGGCUUCGCCCUCCACACCCUUACCCACCGCUCCUUCGCCGCCCCUUCUCACCACUGGUCCGGCCGGAUCUGGGCUCGCACCGGAUGCACCUACAUCAACGGCAAGUUCUCCUGCGUCACCGGCGACUGCGGCGGCCGCCUCGAAUGCAGCGGCUCCGGUGGAGCCGCUCCCGCCACUCUGGCCCAGUUCACCCUCCAUCACGGCCAGAACGACUUCUCAUCCUACGCCGUCAGCCUUGUCGAUGGAUUCAACCUUCCGAUGACGGUGACCCCACACGAAGGGAAGGGGUUGUGCCCAGUGGUGGGUUGCAGGGCCAAUCUACUGGAGACGUGUCCGGGGAAGCUGCAAAUGUGGUCCCCACCUGAACAUGGGAAGGUGGUGGCCUGCAAGAGCGGGUGUGAGGCGUUUGGUACCGAUGAGCUGUGUUGCAGGAACCACUACAACAGUCCUCAGACAUGCAGAGCUUCCAGCUUCUCGGAGUUCUUCAAGCAUGCUUGUCCAGCCACGUUUACCUAUGCCCACGAUAGCCCCUCUCUCAUGCACGAGUGUUCUUCACCGCGCGAGCUCAAGGUCAUCUUCUGCCACUAAAGCCAUGUUUGUCUAGCCUGCUUCCUUCCGGAGAAGAGAAGGAGAAAAAAAUAUUAUAUAUGUAUUAGUGUGCAUCCCUUUGCCGUUUUGUUUUCAUGAGUCUUUCAGAGAAUGUAUUAAGGUUUCGCCGGUUUUGGGCUUUAUUACGUGAAUCAUAUUAUGCGCAGUGGUAAAGGUCUCUCCUUUUCGGACUUGUAGUGUAGUGCAGUAUGUUAAUGCACCUCCUUUAUUUUCUUUUCA